ACAUGUACAUUCAGGUACAUGUAGUAUGUAAAUGUUCCAUCUGACACAAGCUAGUCCAGUUAUCAUUUAGAGAUAACACCAAACAUGACCGACAUUGAUUUUGUGUUUGGUGGACCUGGCCCGGAGGCAGUGGCCGGAUGUAAAGACAUUCUGCUACGAUCUACACAGGAACUUCUUACAGGGGAGGUGGACGAGCAUGCGCUGUUUGACUACGGACCUCCAUCCGGGGCUCCAGAGGUCAGAGGGCAUCUGGCGGAUUUUUUGACUGCUCAGUAUAAAGACAAUGUAGAAAGUAAUGAUUUGUUUAUUACGACUGGUGCUACUCACGGAAUACACCUGGUAACUACUGUACUGUUGAGUAAAGAUGUGCCCAUUUUUGUCGAAGAUCCAACAUUUUUCCUUGCUAUCGGGAUGUUUAAAGAUGAUUUUGGCUAUCAAGUGAUCCCUGUUCCGACAGAAGACGAUGGUAUAGAUGUGAUGGCUCUGGAGAAACUGUUACAGGAGACACCUGCUCCCACGCAGACAAAGACUCCCUUCCGCCGGAUGUUGUACACGAUGACGGUCCACCAUAAUCCCACGGGAUCCUGUCUUCCACCAGAAAAGUGUCGGCGUCUUGUUUCUUUGGCAAGACAGUAUGACAUGUUGUUGUUCGGUGAAGAUGUCUAUAACCUGUUAACAUACACCAACGACGGUAUUCCUCCACCCAGACUCUUCUCUUACGACAAAAAGGAUGAUCCGGACUACCAAGGACACACCUUAUCAAACUGUACUUUCUCCAAGAUUUUUUCUCCUGGUUUACGUGUAGGGUGGAUAGAGACGUCGCCUCGAAUUGUCAGAAUGUUGAUAGACUGUUAUACCACAACAAGCGGGUUCUGUUAUAAUCAUUACAUGUCUUGUGUAGUUGGGAAAGCAUUGGAACUUGGACUUGUACAAUCAAACAUUAAGAGACUGAGAAAAUUAUACGGGGAAAGAAUCGGAGCAGCCUGUCGACGUCUGAAGGAGAACCAACUUCCGGUGUCCUUUACUGAACCAACUGGUGGUUUCUUCAUUUGGGUAAAACUACCCGAAAAUGUGGAUGCGGAAGGUCUUUGUGAAAAAGCCAAAGACGAUCAUAUUCUUGUACAGGUUGGUUCAAUAGCAUCAGCAACUGGGGGAUUCAAGAAUUUUAUUCGUCUCUCCAUGAGCAUAUGUACAGUGGACAAAAUAGAGGAGGGGAUAGAUAAAUUAUCAGCUGUAAUUCGGUCAUACGUCAAAUAAGUUCUUAUUCGGUACUUUCAUGGUUAUUUGUCAACACGGUGCAUUUAAAAUAGUGAUUUACUUAUGAUGAACUAUUAAUAUUCUAGAUUUUUGAUCUUUUGUGAAAGUAACAAAUAAACAGUUAUAAUAUGUUUUAUGAUUAAUG